CCUGUGGUUGGUCGGUUUUCAGGGGUUAAGUUGUUGGGUACCGUCAGAAUCACGGUUCGUUAGCCGUUCGUACGUAAGAGGAGCGAGAGUUCUAGCGUCGUAUCGGAGUGGGUGUAACCGAAACUUCUCAGGGCAAUGUUACGAUGAAGGCCCGCGAGUGUUUAGCAUUUUUACUCGCGGUGAUCGUCUCACCCAUCGCCAAAGCUUAUGAUUAUGAAUGCAACUUGCCGUUAUUGGAUAAAGCCGAGCUAAAAGCCACGACGUCGUUGCCAGAAAGAGGGCCAGAAAAUGCUAGACUUAAUGGGGAUUCCGCGUGGUCACCGGAGGUUAGCAGUUACGAUCAACACCUCACUAUGGAGCUGGGCGACCGAUACGAGAUACGCAGCGUUGCAACUCGAGGGCGUGCACAUACUAACGAAUACGUGACAGAAUAUAUCGUCCAGUAUUCCGAUGACGGGCAAGCCUGGACCAGUUAUGAGAGCCAGGACGGCGCGGACGAGAUGUUCAAAGGCAACGUAAAUGGCGACACGAUCAAGCUAAACAAGUUCGAAGUACCUAUCAUUGCUCAGUGGGUCAGAAUAAAUCCAACUCGAUGGCGUGAUAGGAUAUCACUAAGGAUCGAGCUGUACGGAUGCGAUUACGUGUCGGAUGUCCUUGCAUUUAAUGGGUCGUCUCUUGUGCGAUGGGAUCUUCUUCGAGAGCCGAUCGAAACGGAUCGACAUUCCAUUCGAUUUCGCUUCAAGACCAAUCACGCCGAUGGGGUACUCGUGUACUCCCGUGGGACGCAAGGAGACUUCCUGGCUCUACAAUUGCGAGAUAACAGAAUGCUUUUAAACAUCGAUCUAGGGUCAGGAGUCAUGACCAGUUUAUCCGUGGGGAGUCUUUUGGAUGAUAACAUGUGGCAUGACGUCGUCAUUUCGAGGAAUAGAAAAAAUAUCGCCUUCUCGGUCGACAGAGUCUUGAUCAAGGGAAGGAUCAAAGGGGAAUUUCAUCGAUUAGAUCUAAACAGAGCUCUUUAUAUCGGUGGCGUGCCGAAUAAGCAGGAAGGUCUGGUAGUGAUCCAGAAUUUCACGGGAUGCGUAGAAAAUUUCUACCUGAAUGCAACGAGCUUAAUUCGCGACUUGAAAGAAAUUGAGAUCACGGGCGAAAAUCUUCGUUACCACAAAGUCAACACGAUAUACAGUUGUCCCGAGCCUCCCAUCAUUCCCGUGACAUUUUUGACGCCUGGAUCUUACGCUCGGCUUAAGGGUUACGAAGGUGUUCCGUCGAUGAACGUCUCGCUGUCAUUUCGAAGUUACGAAGACCGAGGGCUGAUUCUGUUUCAUCAAUUCACUUCUCCAGGAUAUGUUAAGUUGUUUCUUGAAGAGGGUAACUUAAAGGUAGAGAUCCAAACUCAGGACAAUCCGAAGGCCAUUCUGAACAAUUUUGGCGAAAAGUUCAACGAUGGCAAAUGGCAUCAAGUCGUAUUGACCAUCUCCAAAAACAGUCUUUCGUUGACGGUGGACGGUCAACUAACGAGGACCGAACGUCUCCUGGAAAUGACGACGGGAGCGGUUUAUUUUAUCGGAGGAGGCGUUAUUGGUCAAGCGAACAAUCGAGGCUUCGUUGGUUGCAUGAGAAUGAUCAGCAUCGACAGUAAUUACAAGUUGCCAACGGAUUGGAAAGAGGAAGAAUACUGUUGCAAGAACGAGGUAGUAUUCGAUGCCUGUCAAAUGAUAGAUCGAUGCAAUCCUAAUCCCUGCAAGCAUUCCGGAGUGUGUCAUCAAAAUUCAGAUGAGUUUUUCUGCGAUUGCUCCAACACGGGAUACACGGGAGCCGUCUGCCACACGUCUUUGAAUCCCUUGUCUUGCGAGGCGUACAAGAACAUCAAUUCCGUAAACCAAAGGGCGGAGGUGACCAUCGACGUCGACGGGAGCGGCCCUCUCGCUCCUUUUCCCGUGUCCUGUGAAUUCUUCGCCGAUGGGAGAGUUUUAACCGUACUUCGUCACAGCAACGAAUUGUCCACUCCCGUGGAUGGUUUUGAGGAGCCUGGCAGUUUCGUUCAAGACAUUAACUAUGACGCCGAUCUGGACCAAAUAGAAGCGUUGUUGAACCGAUCCACCACUUGCAGACAGAGGAUCAAUUACGCUUGCAAACAUUCGAAACUCUUCAACACUCCGGUGCAACCGAACCAGCCGUUUAGACCAAACUCCUGGUGGGUCAGCAGGCACAAUCAGAAGAUGGAUUACUGGGGAGGUGCUUUACCCGGGUCUCGGAAAUGCGAGUGCGGCAUGCUCGGUAGCUGCGGCGAUCCCACGAAGUGGUGUAACUGCGACUCCAAUUUGGAAGGGUGGCUGGAAGACGGUGGUGACAUUACGGAGAAAGAGUACCUUCCCGUAAAGCAGCUGCGCUUUGGCGACACCGGAACGCCGCUCGACGAGAAGGAGGGUCGAUACACGCUCGGCCCUCUGAUAUGCGAGGGAGAUGAUCUCUUCAAGAACGUCGUAACCUUCCGCAUCGUCGACGCCACCAUCAACCUACCUACCUUCGACAUUGGACACAGCGGGGAUAUUUACUUCGAGUUUAAGACGACCAUCGAAAACGCAGUUAUGAUCCACAGCAAAGGUCCUACCGACUACAUCAAGGUGUCCAUCAACAGCGGCAAUCAAAUACACUUCCAGUAUCAGGCCGGAGGUGGGCCCUUGACCGUGGGUGUGCAAACCUCGUACAGUCUUGCCGAUAACAGGUGGCACUCGGUCUCCGUCGAGAGGAAUCGCAAGGAGGCGAGGAUCGUCGUAGACGGGGCCUUGAAGAACGAGGUCAGGGAACCACCGGGACCGGUGCGAGCUCUUCACCUCACUUCUGACUUCGUGGUCGGUGCCACCACCGAUUACAGGGACGGAUACGUAGGUUGCAUCAGGGCUCUGCUCCUUAACGGGCAGCUGCAGGAUCUAAGGAGUCCCGUCAGAAGGGGGCUCUACGGGGUCAGCGAGGGCUGCGAGGGCAGGUGCGAGAGCAGUCCUUGCUUGAACAACGGUACUUGCCACGAGAGAUACGACGGGUAUUGGUGCGACUGCCGAUGGACAGCCUUCAAGGGCCCGAUUUGCGCCGAUGAAAUCGGCGUGAACCUCCGGUCAAGCUCGAUGAUCAGGUACGACUUUAUGGGCAGCUGGCGGUCGACGCUCUCCGAGAAGAUUCGCGUGGGAUUCACGACGACCAAUCCGAAGGGCUUCCUCUUGGGCUUGUUUUCCAACAUCUCUGGCGAGUAUCUGACCAUCAUGGUGUCCAACAGUGGCCACUUGAGGGUCACCUUUGACUUUGGCUUCGAAAGGCAAGAAGUGAUAUUCCCGGGGAAGCACUUUGGCCUGGGCCAGUAUCACGACGUUAGGUUCAGCAGGAAGAACGCGGGCUCGACGCUGGUUCUACAAGUCGACAAUUACGAGCCCAGUGAAUUUCAUUUUAACAUCAAGACCUCGGCCGACGCGCAGUUCAACAAUAUCCAGUACAUGUACAUCGGGAAGAACGAAUCCAUGACCGAAGGAUUCAUCGGCUGCGUCUCCAGGGUAGAGUUUGACGACAUUUACCCACUGAAAUUGCUCUUCCAAGAAAACGGGCCAGGGAACGUGCGCUCGCUGGGCACUCCCUUGCACGAGGACUUUUGCGGGGUGGAGCCGAUCACUCAUCCUCCGAAUAUCGUCGAAACAAGACCUCCGCCCGAUGUCGACGAGGACAAGGUUAGGGCCGCGUACAACGAAACGGACACUGCGAUAUUGGGCAGUGUCUUGGCGGUGAUACUGAUAGCGUUGGUAGUGAUGGCCGUGCUCAUCGGGAGAUACAUGUCCAGACACAAGGGCGAGUAUCUCACCCAAGAAGACAAAGGUGCAGAGAUCGCCCUCGAUCCGGACUCGGCGGUCGUUCACUCCGCCACGGGACAUCAGGUUCAAAAGAAGAAAGAAUGGUUUAUCUAGAGAGGAACUUCCGAGUGUAGGAGAUACUUACAGGUAAGAGGUGCGCGAACGAAGAAACUUAUUGUCUCGAUUAGACUCGAGUACCCGAAAGACAUUCAAGGAAAGGCAGAUUAACGUCUAGUUUGACCGAAAGGGGUUGUCGAUUAUAUAGUAAAUAACAUUUAUUUUACUAUACCCUGUUGCUCCCGCCGUAUAAUCGAAUUCUGCAAGCAACUUCUUGGAAACUGCGAGUCGUACGUUGUUGAAUGUCUUAUCAUUUUAUGUCAAAUGGACUCCUGUCUAAAAAAGAAAAGAUAAAUGUUCACUUAUAUCUUAGACCACAGCGAAGUGUUUCCACUGUAGGAUCAUCAUUAGACGAGUUAUUCUUUGCUUAGUGAACUUUGCCUGCCGUUGCGUCGACAAGGCGAUGUGACCAUGUCCGCUGUGCGAGACUGGGGGGUCAAGGAGAAGUUAAUAUAAAGCGAAUAAUUUCAUCAUAGUUUACCCAAGACGGUCACGUAGCUCCGUAGUAAUCAUCUAAAUUCCUCUAAUUUACCACGUCGGUUUUUUAUUUAGGUCGUUAGAACUGCGCAGAGUACGUACUUCUAUCUACGAAAACUAAACCCCAUCCAAAGACAUCGCGGUUGUCGUUUUAUUUUUUUUUUUCCUGCUAAUCAAAAAGAUUUUACUAUUUAUACGAAUAUAUUCUCAAUUAAAGCUUCGACGUUGACUUUUCAUAUCGUGAUGCUACUGGAUUAAGAACAUUUGCUAAUGUACAAAGGUAUCUGUUUUGAUACAGAUUUAUCCCUCUUAACGCGUCGAAAGUCUGCUUCUAAUUCUAAUCUGUUUGUCUCUGUAGUAUUCAGUAUUAGUUGUAAUGUUUACCGUCCAAAGUGCAUUUUGCAUUCUUACCGUCUGUUUUUUAUUUUCUAAUUAGUUUUAUUUUGUUUUACUUCGUUUUGCAGGAUUUAAGUUUAACAUUAGCUUCGCGGUUAAGCGUAAUCCCAUGAGAGUAAACGUAUUUUAGAUGAGAGUCUAAAGCUAUUGAUAGUUGUAAAAACGCAUUCGACGAGACAAUUUACGUCGAGGUAGAGGCGUCGCUGGUUGCCAGCAAUUGUAUGUACAUACAUCACUUUUAUAUGGAAACAUUUACUAUUUUUUACCAUUCUACUGUGUUUGUGGUCCGAUAUAGUGCGAUGUUAAUUCAGGAUUAUACAAAUAAACGUGUACAGAAUUGAUAUGCUCAA